AUGGAGAGAUUUCAGUCUUCCAUGCGCAAGCGUCUCUACAGCUUGCCGCCAAACAUCGGCCAGAAGACGUUUGUGCUUGACGAUGGGGACACCGGGGACAAGGAUUGGAGGAAAAGUAUUGGGCUCAAACAGUUGUCCUCUCCAUCUCCUGCGAGCAGCGCGCGGAGCAUCGAGGAGGCCAGGACCGAGGACUUGGACAGUGACGUGACCAACGUCAAGACCAACUUGAACGGAGACUACCGCCUGUUCCGGGGCAGUUUGAGCUCUCUGGCGGGCCGUCAUGCUCCGGUGGACCCCGCAGAGCAGCGCUGUUUGCUGCCGGAGGCGGAGGCAGAGCGCUGCCCAGGGGCCCAGAACAGGGGUCUCUCUGCGCACAGCGGGGCCAUGGGACAGGGCUCUGUGUUUGACCCGUCUGCAUUCAUCAAACUGGAGGUGUCAGAGCAGAUCAUCCCCGAGGAUGACCGCCUGUACCAAGCCGGCUUCAUGCACCGCCAGUUCGGGGCCAUGCUCCAACCCGGAGUCAACAAGUUCUCCCUGCGGAUGUUGGGCAGCGAGCGGGCCGUGGAGCACGAGAGAGAGCGGGUCAAGUCCGCUGGCUUCUGGAUCAUCCAUCCAUACAGUGACUUCAGAUUUUACUGGGACUUGACGAUGCUGCUGCUGAUGGUGGGAAACCUCAUCAUUAUUCCUGUGGGCAUCACAUUCUUCAAGGACGAGCACACGCCUCCUUGGAUCGUCUUUAACGUGGUCUCGGACACCUUUUUCCUCAUGGAUCUGGUCCUCAAUUUCCGCACAGGCAUCGUCAAAGAGGACAACACAGAGAUUGUCUUGGACCCUCAGCAAAUCAAGAUUAAAUACCUAAAAGGCUGGUUUGUGGUAGAUUUUGUCUCCUCUAUACCCGUGGACUAUAUUUUUCUUAUUGUGGAGACGCGUAUAGACUCUGAGUUUUACAAAACGGCUCGGGCGCUGAGGAUCGUCCGCUUCACAAAGAUCUUGAGUUUGCUGCGACUGCUGAGACUGUCCCGACUCAUACGCUACAUUCACCAGUGGGAGGAGGUCUUCCACAUGACCUAUGACCUCGCUAGCGCCAUGGUGCGGAUCAUGAACCUGAUCGGGAUGAUGCUGCUGCUGUGUCACUGGGACGGCUGCCUGCAGUUCCUGGUGCCCAUGCUGCAGGACUUCCCUGCGGACUGUUGGGUCACACGGAACAAGAUGGUGAACGACACGUGGGGUCAGCAGUACUCCUACGCCCUCUUCAAGGCCAUGAGUCACAUGCUGUGUAUCGGGUACGGCCUGUAUCCUCCCAUCGGCAUGGCGGACGUCUGGCUCACCAUCCUCAGCAUGAUCGUGGGCGCCACUUGCUUUGCCAUGUUUGUGGGCCACGCCACCGCUCUGAUCCAGUCCCUGGACUCCUCCAGGAGGCAGUACCAGGAGAAGUACAAACAAGUGGAGCAGUACAUGUCCUUCCACAAGCUGCCCACCGAGAUGCGGCAGAGAAUCCAUGACUAUUACGAGCACCGCUAUCAGGGCAAGAUGUUUGACGAGGAGAGCAUCCUGGAGGAGCUGAACGAGCCACUCCGAGAGGAAAUCAUCAACUUUAACUGUCGUAAACUGGUGGCUUCCAUGCCGCUGUUCGCCAACGCGGACCCAAACUUUGUCACCUCGAUGCUGACCAAGCUGAGGUUCGAGGUGUUCCAGCCGGGAGACUACAUCAUCCGCGAGGGAACCAUCGGCAACAAGAUGUACUUCAUCCAACACGGCGUGGUCAGCGUCAUCACCAAGAGCAGCACCGACACCAAACUCACCGACGGAUCCUACUUCGGAGAGAUUUGCCUGUUGACCCGCGGCAGGAGGACGGCCAGUGUCCGCGCUGAUAACUACUGCCGCCUGUACUCUCUGUCUGUGGACAACUUCAACGAAGUGCUCGAGGAGUACCCCAUGAUGCGGAGGGCCUUCGAGACCGUGGCCCUGGAUCGACUCGACCGCAUCGGGAAAAGGAGCUCUGUUCUACAACACAAAGUCCAGCAUCACCAAAGCUCUGGGACUCUGAACCUCCAGGAGAACGAGAUCAUCCAAAGAAUCGUCCAACACGACCGAGACAUGGCCCAGUGCACCCAGCUGACCAGCGUUGUCCAGGGCCUCGCUCCGUCCUCGGUCCCCCCCUCCCCCAACCCUGUCAUAUGGGCCCCUCUGGUCCAGGCCCCUCUGCAGGCUGCAGCCGCCACCACACCUCUGGCCCUGGCUUUAGCGCAUCACUCCCAGUUGCCCCCCAUCCUCUUCCACCGCCCUCUGUCCCACAGCGCCUCCUACAAAGAGCCUCACUCCAAACGGGUCCACGUGGGACAGCCCAGCGGCUCGGGCCCCGCCUCCCCCGCCGGCUCCUCUCGUCUGCACACGCUGUUGGAGGCUCCCGGUCUGAUGUCGCUCCGGGCGCCUCAGGUGUCGUGCGCGUCCAUCUCCCAGACACUCCCGCCGCAGCCCAUCUUCACCAGCAGUAUGCAGCCGCUCCUGCCGCACCACGUCCCCUUGGCUCUCUCCGUGGGACAGUGCACCGUGUCCUACACCUGCUCCACCACGCAGCCCCACCCCUCGCAACUCAGCAGCAUGACUGCCACGCUCCCGUUUCUCCAACAGGGCGGCGCCGUGAGGGGACCUGGGAGAUUCCCCGUCCCAGCCUCGUCUUCGUCGUUCUUAAACCCUCUGAUCUCCAGCUCGGUCGACCCGAUCCUGAGCCAGCUGCAGCAGAGCGCUCACGGCCUCGACCCUACACUGUUGGGGCGGUACGACAAAGCGGCGAGAUCGUCCUUUCGCUCCAAUCUCCCAUUUUUCCCCAUUGUCACCAGCGCGCAUCACUCCGGCGGCGGGCUUGUGUCUGGAGCUGCCGCGUCUUUGGCCCAGCACAGUCUGGCGGGCCUCCAUUCUGCCUUCCUGCCCCAAGUUCUACCCGAGCACUCCGCCCUGGCGUCGCUGGCCCAGUACGAGUCGGCGGAAGGAUCCCCGAGUUACACCCCUCCUAUACCCAGCCCCAACGUGCAAAGCCCUGCUCGAGCCAGGCCCGUUUACCACCCGCAAGUCGCCCCUCAAGCGUCCUGUCCCCCGCAAGUGGACAGCGCGCAUGGAUCAGAGCAGGCAGAGUUUUUAAACCAGGAAAUCAAGACUAUCUCAGGCUCGCACAGUGCAAUACACCGAGAAAGGCCUUUGGCGAUGGGUGGACUUUCAGAAGUGAUAUCUAGUCCAUAUUCGUCCCCCGUUCUAGUCAGUAAACUGUACAGUGCAAACCCUGAACAUGGCGCCCCUGUUAGUCCAUCACAUCAGCAACCUCAGAGUAAGAGCCCCCACUCUCCAAAAGCGGAGAUUUGUGUGGAGACUGAAAACUCGCAAUCAAAACUGCCCUCCGACUUGUGA